UAAAAACAUCUAAGCCACUGGUGUGAUCAGUGUUUGUGUUUUUUUUUAUACAUAAACUCCAAAGCCCUGGUUCCUCGGGGUCCACCACAUUCACAGACACACCACCUUGAACUGAGGCCACCUGUGUGACAAAUGUCGAUAUUCGGCCAAAACUAUAACAUGAAUAACUACAGAGAAAUAUUGGUUAUUUAAAAAAAAAUGCACCUGCUGCAGUUUGCAAGAGAAGUCCUCUAAAAUGUAUUUUACACCAAGACAGAGACCCCACACAUGCAGUAAAGGUUAAGCUAAACAGGGACAGCAUGAAAACAACCAUAUGAAUGUCCUAGAGUGGUCAGGGUCCAGCCUUCAAUCUGGAACCAAUCCAUAAUUUAUGGCCAAAGUUUAAAAAGAAAAUGCUGUUCAGUCAGUCUCCAUGCAACCUGACAGAGCUGAGGCAGUUUUACUAAAAAUUGGAAAAAAAUUUCCAGGUGUGCAAAGUGAUGCAGCCAGUUACUUCGUGUAUUAAAAUUAAUUUAGAUCAGUUUGAAUAUAUUUGUAUUUGUGAGAUUUCACUUGUGUAUUUUUGUGCUGAUAAAUGUGAAAAAAGUACAUCCACUGUGAUUCAGUGUUGUAACAGAAUAAAAUGUGCAAAACUAUAAACUGGGUGGAAGAUGACGGGAGUUGAAUACUUUUAAUAGGCACUGAGUGCGUGUGUGUGUGUGCAUCUAAAUGUGUUUGGACAACUAUGUGUGCCUCGUUGUCUGCCAAGCGGGGAGUUAAUCUGUGCACCCUUGCAACUGCUAUUACUUUCCAUUACAGGCAGGCUGAGUUAGAGGUGAGAGGCUACUUGUGCUCCACACAGUAAAGCAGGGUAGCAGGGAUUUUUCACUCAAGGCCUCUUUCUCUCAGGCAGCUUCAGCUCCAGGACCAUAGCACAAAUGGCCACCAUCAGCCACACCACGAUGGGAGAGGGUCGGGCAAUUGCUGUGCUAACCUCGGGAGGCGAUGCCCAGGGUAUGAAUGCAGCUGUAAGGGCCACAGUUCGAGUUGGACUUUACACAGGAGCCAAGGUGUAUUUUGUCUAUGAGGGUUACCAGGGUCUGGUGGAUGGAGGUGACAAUAUCCGCCCUGCUACUUGGGAGAGUGUGUCAAUGAUGCUGCAGCUGGGUGGUACUGUGAUUGGUAGUGCUCGCUGCCAGGAUUUCCGCACCAAGGAGGGACGCACCAAGGCUGCCUUAAACUUAGUCAAGCUGGGCAUCACCAACCUGUGUGUGAUUGGAGGCGAUGGCAGUCUGACCGGUGCUAACCAGUUCAGAACAGAGUGGAGUGAGCUGCUGGUAGAACUGGUUAAAACUGGUAAGAUUACAGCCAAUGAGGCCAAGUGUUCCUCUCACCUCAAUAUCGUUGGCAUGGUGGGCUCCAUUGACAAUGACUUCUGUGGCACUGACAUGACCAUUGGCACAGACUCUGCCCUGCAUCGCAUCAUAGAGAUAGUGGAUGCCAUCACCACCACAGCACAGAGUCACCAGAGGACUUUCAUCCUGGAGGUAAUGGGCAGGCACUGUGGUUACCUGGCUUUAGUGACAGCUCUGGCCUGUGGUGCUGACUGGGUGUUCAUCCCAGAGAUGCCCCCAGAAGAUGGAUGGGAGGAGCAUCUGUGCAGAAGACUGACAGAGCAAAGAGGUCGUGGCUCCCGUCUGAAUAUUAUCAUUGUUGCAGAGGGAGCGAUGGACCGCACUGGUAAACCUAUCACCUGUGACAAUGUCAAACAGCUGAUAUCAAAGAAACUAGGCUUCGACACUCGCACCACCAUCUUGGGCCAUGUACAGAGAGGUGGAACUCCCUCCGCCUUUGACAGGAUCCUGGCGAGCAGGAUGGGUGUAGAGGCUGUGAUGGCUCUGCUGGAGGCCACACCAGAAACACCUGCUUGUGUGGUCAGCUUGUCUGGUAAUUUGGCCGUUAGGCUGCCUCUCAUGGAGUGUGUCCAAGUGACUAAAGAUGUCACCACAGCCAUGGCCGAAGGGAGGUUUGACGAUGCUGUGAAGCUCAGGGGAAAGAGCUUUGAGAACAACUGGAACACUUACAAAAUGCUGGCUCAUGUGCGCCCCCCAGAUACAAAGAGUAAUAUCAACAUUGCCAUAAUUAAUGUGGGAGCUCCGUGUGCUGGGAUGAAUGCUGCCGUCCGUUCAGCUGUCAGGAUCGGGCUUCUCCAGGGCCACCAGAUGUUGGCAGUGCAUGACGGUUUCGACGGCUUGGCUCAUGGACUGAUUGAGCCCAUUGGUUGGUCUGGAGUGGCAGGCUGGACUGGAAAAGGGGGCUCCAUACUGGGAACUAAGAGAUCCCUGCCACAUGAGUUCAUGGAGGAGAUCAGUCUGACCAUCACUAAGUUCAACAUUCAUGCUCUAGUCAUUAUCGGAGGUUUUGAGGCAUUUGUUGGAGGGCUGGAGAUAGUGCAAGCUAGAGAGAAGUACGAGGAACUUUGCAUUCCCCUUGUUGUUAUUCCUGCUACUGUCUCCAACAAUGUUCCUGGAUCUGACUUCAGUGUUGGCGCUGACACUGCCCUCAACACCAUAACCAUGACGUGCGACAGGAUCAAACAAUCUGCCGCUGGCACCAAGAGGAGAGUGUUUAUUGUUGAGACUAUGGGAGGAUACUGCGGCUACCUGGCAACCAUGGCCGGCUUGGCAUCUGGAGCUGAUGCUGCCUACAUCUAUGAGGAGCAUUUCAACAUUCACGACCUUGAGGUGAAUGUGGAACAUCUGGUGGAGAAGAUGAAGACCACAGUGAAGAGAGGACUGAUUCUGAGAAAUGAGAAAAGCAAUGCAAACUAUACCACAGAUUUUAUCUUCAACCUGUACUCAGAGGAGGGCAAGGGUGUGUUUGACUGCAGGAAGAAUGUACUUGGACAUAUGCAACAGGGCGGAACACCCACUCCUUUUGACAGGAAUUUUGGCACAAAGAUGGGCAUCAAGUCUGUCCUUUGGUUGACUGACAAGCUGAAGGAAUGCUACAGACACGGUCGCAUAUUUGCCAACUCUCCGGAUACAGCCUGUGUGCUGGGCAUGAAGAAGAGAGCUUUGGUCUUCCGGAAUUUGGAAGAACUUAAAGAGGAGACUGACUUUGAUCAUCGUAUUCCAAAGACACAGUGGUGGUUAAGGCUGAGGCCCAUCCUGAAAGUCCUGGCCAAGUACAAUAUCAACUUGGACACCUCCGAAAAGGCUGCGAUGGAACAUGUCAUCAAGAAGAGAGGCUUAGUUCAUAAGUAGCCUUCUAUGUGAUUCUUCUUACCACCAGGAACUGACAUGACUUGAUUGUCUUCUUUUUGAAGCACUUCGUAAACUCUGUCUCUCAAAAGUAAAAUAUAGAUAAAGACAGUAAUCACCAACACAGAAAGCAAGUCUCACAAUACACACUUAACAGUCACACGGGUAUUUGUAUUUGCUAUGUUAGAGCUGUCUCCCAUCAUAGAAGCUCGCUUCCCAUUAAAAUUGUGGUUUGCAUCUGU